AAGAAAAAAGCACAACAUUUUCAGAUUACAGUUCCAAUUCAUUGUUUCGAUUUUGCAUAUAUACAUAUUCUUUUUUUGCUUCAGUUUUUGCAUACAUAAUGGCUUCCCGAGUUCUAGUUUAUUUUGCUUUUGCACUUGUUAUUGCUGUUGCUUCGGUGAAUUGUAACACAGAAGUGGAUGCUCUAAUUGCCUGGAAAAACAAGUUGUCCGAUCCAAACAACGUCUUAGGGAGCUGGGACCCAAAUUCAGCGAAUCCGUGCACUUGGUCCCAUGUCACUUGCAGUGACCAGAACAACGUUACAAGGGUGGACCUUGGUGUUGCCAGACUAUCUGGGCCUCUUAUCCCAGAGCUUGGAAACCUGACAUUCGUUCAAUAUUUGGUGUUAUUUGGCAAUAGUAUUAAUGGAACCAUUCCAAAGGAGAUUGGUCAUUUAAAGAAUCUCAUCCGCUUGGAGUUACAAUUUAAUAUACUUACAGGCUCCAUCCCAGACUCUUUUGGGAAUUUGACUGCCUUGAAGUUCUUGGAGUUGUCUAACAACAAUCUCACUGGACCCAUUCCGGCAUCUCUUGGCAACUUGACAUCUUUGCAGACCAUAAAUUUGAACAAUAACAGUUUCACUGGCACCAUACCAAUUGAGGUUCUUGGACUUGUUCGCUUGGCUGUAAUCAGGGUCAUAAAUUUCUCUAACAACAAGUUGGAUGGGAGUGUACACAACUCGACCUCAGGAUUUGUGACUUCAGUUAUACAAGACCCAAAAGCUUAGAAGCGGAGAUGGAGACGUAUAAUGGAGUUUGCAUUUUUAGCCACUGUUUAGGCGUUUUAAUAAAUAAAGCUGGGAUUUCUAAGUCCCACUAUACAUGUCAAUAAACCUACACACACAUGUUUGUGAUUUAUGUCCUUUCUAUUGAUUAUUAUCAUUUUACUUUUUUGGUAAUAACUGUUCUUUCUAUGUAUGUAAACAAAUAAACAUUCUGUUCUGAUCUGUUAUGCAGAAUAAUAA